UGGCCGCGGUUGUUUUCACCCAGGCCGCGGUGCCUCGCGCUCAGCUGGGGCUACGCGGCGUGAGGCGUGAGUGAGUUCGGAGAGGGACGCUCGAGGCCGGAGGGAGCCAGGAGGGCCGGAGGGAAGCUGGGAGCAGGCGAACGCGCUCGUGGUGGUCGGCUGUCGUGAUGUCGGCGCAGUGCUGUGCGGGCCAGUUGGCCUGCUGCUGUGGAAGUGCUGGCUGCUCCUUCUGCUGCGGCUGCUGCCCCAAGAUUCGCCAGUCCCGGAGCACCCGCUUCAUGUACGCGCUCUACUUCAUCCUGGUCGUUGUCCUCUGCUACGUCAUGAUGUCCAACACUGUGGCCAACGAGAUGAGAGAGCACAUCCCUUUCUUCGAAGACAUUUGUAAAGGCAUUAAAGCUGGCGACACCUGUGAGAAGCUGGUGGGGUAUUCGGCAGUGUAUAGAGUCUGUUUUGGGAUGGCCUGUUUCUUCUUUCUCUUCUGCCUCCUGACCUUAAAAGUCAACAACAGUAAAAGUUGUAGGGCCUACAUUCACAACGGCUUUUGGUUCUUUAAACUUCUGCUGUUGGGGGCCAUGUGCUCAGGAGCCUUCUUCAUUCCAGAUCAGGAGACCUUUCUGAAUGCCUGGCGCUAUGUGGGAGCCGUCGGAGGCUUCCUCUUUCUAGGCAUCCAGCUCCUCUUGCUUGUGGAGUUUGCACAUAAAUGGAACAAGAACUGGACUGCAGGCACAGCCAGCAACAAGCUGUGGUACGCCUCUCUGUCCCUGGUGACCCUCAUCACGUACUCCAUCGCCACGGGAGGCUUGAUUUUGAUGGCAGUGUUUUAUACACAGAAAGAUGGCUGCAUGGAUAACAAAAUUCUCCUGGGGGUAAACGGAGGCCUGUGUCUGCUUAUUUCGGUGGUAGCCAUCUCGCCCCCUGUCCAAGAUCGACAGCCGCACUCUGGGUUACUGCAGUCGGGCCUCAUAAGCUGCUACGUCACAUACCUCACGUUCUCAGCUCUGUCCAGCAAACCUGUGGAAGUAGUUCUGGACGAACACGGGAAGAAUGUCACCAUCUGUGUGCCUGACUUCGGUCAGGACCUGUACAGAGACAAAAACUUGGUGGCCAGACUGGGUACUGCUCUCUCGUGUGGGUGCAUCUUAUAUUCGUGUUUGACCUCGACGACAAGGUGGAGUUCCGAUGCUCUGCAGGGGCGAUACGGGGCUCCUGAACUGGAAGUAGCUCGGUGUUGCUUCUGCUUCGGCCCUGGUGGAGAGGACACUGAAGGGCAGCAGAACGUCAAAGAGGGCUCACGGGUCAUUUAUGAUGAGAAGAAAAGCACCGUCUAUAACUACGCCUACUUCCAUUUUGUGUUCUUCUUGGCCUCCCUCUAUGUGAUGAUGACCCUCACCGACUGGUUCAACUAUGAAAGUGCCAACAUUGAAACCUUAUUCAGUGGGAGCUGGUCCAUCUUCUGGGUCAAGAUGGCUUCCUGCUGGAUCUGUGUGCUGUUGUAUCUGGGUACGCUGGUCGCGCCCCUCUGUCGUCCCUCUCCGCACUUCUCCGUGUGAGGAGCUGAGCAGUCCCCUUGGUCCUGCAGGCUGGAAGUGACGUCCUUUGAACAAAUGUCCCAGGAGUCUGAGCAGUGACUGGUACUUUGUGAAAAGCUGGCAGCCCCUAGCUGGCUUGAGUGGGUCUAACAAAAACUUUGAGGGGAAAAAAAGAAUCAUCUGAUUAGCUUUUUCAUUCUAAAAUUCAAAAAGAAACUACCAUUUUGUCCCAAAAGAAUUGAAAUUUUCACCCAAGCUGAUGCUGAGUGAUGAUCUAUUUUGUAUGUGUCUUACCCCUAAAAUCUGGGAUAGUAGUUAGGCUACUGUUUUCCUUCUGCAUGUUUUUUUUUUUUUUUAACCAAAACAGAGUUUGGGGCACAACAUCUUAUCACAGGGAUAAAAGCUUACCUUGUGUGGCCUGUUAUUCCCAUCCUUGAAAUAGAAAAAAAAAUAUGCCAAAAUCUUGAGCCCUUAGCCCCCGCCGGAGUGCAGACUCCUCUCCACACCUCGGCCUGCAGGACCCCUGCUCGCUAUUCCCUGGUCUUUAUCAGGUACAAGAAGGAAGCCCCUGCUUUUAACUCCACCCUUGUGCUGUUUCCCUUUGAAGUUGUGAUGCUGGGAAUCACAGACUUCGCUCUGCCCUUGUCCUCGCCAGAGGUCCCCUCAUCCCUUCUGGGUUCAGCAUUUUUUGUUAUAAUGUGAAAAAGCACAAUUUGCCACCCCCACCAGAUUCUCACUACCUGAUCCGAGUUACUGCAAUACUAUGACUUGUACUCGUGGUGUUAUUCACGUAACUAUAGAAAAAUAUCGUGUUGUUUUCUUCACCUAAACGGUGGAGGGCUGUGAUUCUUACUUGUCUGUGUCAGUAACAGUACCCUAGGACCUCACCUGGGAAGCUGCUUCUUGACUGAAGCCCACUGCACCCCUCUUCCGGUGACAAAAGUCAGCCAGUGUCUCUUCCACUUGAGGCCUUUGAAACUGUAAAAGCAAAAGGACUUUUUUCCCCCCAGAUCUGUAAUGUGACUAUGCCAUUUAUGUCUGUUACGAUUUUGGGGGGUAGAUUUGCUAAGGUAAGAAUCACACACAACACCUCAAACAGAGCUGACCAGGUAAGGCCUCCUAUUAUACGGGGUGUAGAAGUGACCAAAUAUACUUAGAAGAAAUGCUGGGGGGGGGCAGUAUUAAGCCAUAAGCAAAAGCCACAGAAAUUUCCACAGUACAUACAUCUAAGGUGAUACUGAAUAGAAAUCUGACUCUAGGCAGUGGCCCAAGAAGACGUCCAUUUUCAGUGUUGAUGCACUCAGCCAGGGAAGAAUUUACUCAGCAGAAAGUCCAUUAGAGACUCCACUGGAGAGGCGGUGGGGAUCCUCCUCUUAGUAUUUCAUGCAGAAUGGAAAGAAUCCUCUCAGCACCUUGGCAGACGGGGGCUGAGAAUGAGAAGACUUGACGUUCUUUUUGUGCCCCACGGUAUGCGUUGGGCAGAAUUGGGUCCCGCCUUGGCUGGGCUCCUGUGUGGCAAAAUGCUGGCCUGGGAUGUGAGUCCAGUUCUUUAUUUCCACUCACUCCUUUGCCCUCCUCCCAGGAAAACCAGGGUUGGGAGUGUGGGAGACAUACAACAGAUGAACUCCUCCAGGAACUUGCCUUCUUCACAGUCCUGGAGGUUCAGUUUUUAAAGCCACUCACGUGUGUGUGUGAGAGAGAGAGCCUUGAUUUGUAAACUUGAUGAAAUUUGUUCAGACCAGGCGUUCUUUGAGCCCGGUGGUCCAAAAGUCUUCUGGAGGCGCCCAGUGAGUGGCCGCCACGUGCAGCCCAUGGUUAAGCCAGCGGGAGUGGGAGCUGUGUGGGUCGGACAGGUGGAGGGAGUGGUGUGUGUCACAGCUGCAGCAGUGACACGGGCUCCAGGUGAGCCAGGAUCAGCUUUAGCAAAGACCGAGAGGAGAGGCAGAUCAAGAGCCAGCGUGCUCCCAGUAACUGGUUUCUUUAUGUUUCCUUCCUGCUUGGGUCUAGUGGGGUCUGGUGGUCAGCUGUGUGACUGCAGAACUGGCCCCUGUGGCAGGUCAAGGUCAAGCUGACCAGGCCCUGAGUUCCUUGGCUGUCCUGGAGAAGGAAGCUCAGGGAGACACAAAGGAAGGGACAUUGUCAGUAGCCCGGCCCUCAGAGCUUCCUUCUUUAGCCCCCUUCCCCCCGACAACCAACCCACAUUUUCCAGGUGCUUAAGACUUGGUUUGUGGCUGAAUAAUGUUUCUUUCUGAAGGUUGGUCUGACAUAAGAGGAAGAGUUACAGUCACUGAUUUUUAUUCUCCACUAAAAAUUUAAGCAAGUUUAUCUGAAUGAUUGAGAGAGACGUGGAUGUACUCUGAGGACUGAGGGCAUAUAAAAAGUUAACUUUAAUGAUUCUUAAUUGUGAUAAACAGUGCUCAGGUGAUAAGUCAACAUUCAUGGGUUUAAAGAACCUACAUUUUUGUGCUAUUGUAUUUUAAGAAACUGGAAAAAUUAUGCCAGUCUCUCUGAGUUGCUGUAAGAAUGAUGUUCAUUUGAUAAACUCACUGAUAAUCUUUUUAAAAUGAUAGACUUUUGCUUCCUAGAACUUUUUGUACGUGAUUUUAAAAGUGCAUUCCCAGAAGCUGCUGGUCAGACUCCUUCAAGCGAUGAGAGCCGAAGAUUUUUUAAAACUGUGUGUGAUUUCUCUGUGUUGUUCUCCAUGUGGGAAUUCCCCCCUCCUGAUUUUGUGAGUAAGAACACCUGAGUGGGGCAGGGACUCUUCUGGGAGUGUGGCUUUGUGUAUCUAGAUAUGUCACCUGACUGACGACCAAACGAUUUUGGAAACCCUACUUUGUCCUUCCUGGUUUGAAUUUUUUAAUACUGGUUAGUUGGUUUUGCCUUUGUCCUCACAGUUUCCUGGGAAAUAGCUUGAAAGAAUUGUUCACCAGAGAUGUUUGGAGCCCCUUGUAGAGUUGAUGGGCUGUGUGCCUGUGGGGUUACUGGGGACUUGGGGUUCUGGUGUUCAUCAGGAGUGGCCUGCAGGGGGUUCCCGUGCCCUGUUGUUCAUUUCCAAGUGCUCAAAGGCACCUUCAUUAUGGAUGACCUACAUGCAGUGCUAAUUCCCCACCCCCCAACUGUCACCUUCUGCCUUUUUAAAAAUACGUGCUUAUUUAAUUUUGGCCAGAAGUUUACUUACCAUUGGUGCUUCCUGCUCCCCUGCAGGGGGAGUUCUAGGGCCUGUGUGCAUUUAAGCUGCCUAGGCCUUUUUCUCCCUUGACUGCCUUUCUAAAGAGCAUGUCAUUUUGAUAUAUACUCGUGUCCCUAACCUCUCUUGUCAAUGAAAGAGAGUUUGAGCUAUAACUAAGAAGUGUGUGACCUUGGACCGAGGCCCCGCAUGUCCAGACAGAAGGCUGGACCCUCCUUAACUAAGAACGGUGCCGUAGCCCCUGGGUUCAUGGAAUUCUGUGUGGUAUUCUCCUUAAUUUGCUAAAUCCCUAUGGCUUUGUUCUUAGCCAUGUUUCCUGCCGUCUUUAAUACAUUUGUAGAGCCUCAGACAUUUUAAUCUAGUGCUGCAUUUCAGGCAGAGAUGGACUCUAAUGUUGGACCCAUUUCACAGGAGUGAAGAGACGUUUACACUAAUCUUUUGAACUAAUGCUAGCCAGUCUAAAGUUCUAAAGAUCUUUCUCUCUUUCUUUCUUCCUCAGUAAAUCAUUAGCAGAUGCAUUCAUUUUGAAAGGGGGAAGUAUUUGGCUUUUACCAAAGAGGUUUUUUGUUUUUUUUUUAAGGCAAAAUCCUUUCAACAAAAACUUAAUUGGGGAAGGGUAAAUUAAGAAUGCCUAUGUCCAAAUCCACUUCUAUAGGUGAUUAAUCGUAUUUAUGUGAGUAAAAUGUUGAAAGAAUCCUUUGUGGUGAAGGAUCCUGGGAAAUUCAGGUAAAGAAAGCUUGCAGUAGAUGGGUAAUAUAUGUCUUGAGAGCUAUUUAUAAGAAAUUUAAGGAUUGUUUUGUUUUCCUUUAUUAAAGAGUUAAGUUUUUUGUGUUUUUUUUUUCCCUUGGCAAAAAAAACUACAAAAGUUUUAUAGUCAUAACUUGGUUAAUUUUUAAAAUUUUUCUAAAACAGUUAACUGUAGCCAAGUUACAUGGUUGUUUUGCAGUAUUAGAAUUUGAAAAUGUAAUAUGUAUGGUAAAUCUACUGUCUGAAAUUUAUAAUGGUCUCAGAUAUGGUUGGAGUUUUUGUAACUUUUAAAAUAGUUAUUUUUUCCUUUUAGUCACAAAGGCAACUAUGGAUUUAUAUUUGUUUUUUUGAAUGCUAAUUUUUCUAUGAAGGGUCUGAAGUUGACCAGUCUUUUCCUAUGUAGAAAACUCAAAACUUGUUAACGCUGUACUUUAAUAAAAUUGAAAACUGAAAAUCA